AUGAGUGUCUCUCCGACACAUAACGACUCCAUCAGAGACCGGCUCUUGAGGUCAAUUCCCAUCAGAAUCGCCGCAAACAAAGCCAUUGACCAUAAUCCAUAUAUCAGUACAGAAUAUCUCGAGAAGCGAGAGAUAACAUAUCGCUGUCAAGUGAGACAUCGAUUAACCGGAGAGACACUCAUCAGCUCAUCGGUCGGACGCCUCUACGUCACCGAAGCGUUUAGUAACCAACCGCCCAGAAUAACGGACAGUAAGCCUGUGGUAAUGGUUAAGGAGGGCGAGGAUGUGGAGUUAGCUUGUGCGGCUCAGGGCUAUCCCGUGCCUGACUACAUAUGGGCCCGAAAUGCUCAACCGAUACGACAGUUGGCGUUCAAUAGGGUGCGCCAACUGGACGGAUCCCUACGGAUAAGCCAAGUGUUGCAGUCGGACGCCGGUGUCUAUCGCUGUACCGUUAAUAACAGCGUCGGCUCCGAAAUGAUGGAAACCCAGCUCAUAGUGACCGCCUCGCUGUCGGCCGAAAUGAGUCCCCGAAUCGAGAGGGUAGACGUGGGAAAGGGAGCUCAACUGAACUGCACGGUGUCGGGCACUCCAGUGGUUGCGCUACAAUGGCUACACAACGGCCAACCCGUCGCCACAAACAGUCGGAUCCGAUUACUCGCCAGAGAUGUGCUCCACAUCUCAAACGUCGAGCGCCGCGACAAAGGGAUGUAUCAGUGCUUAGCCCACAAUGAUUUGGAUUCAGUGCAGGCGAGCGCACAAAUUGAGCUGGGAGACGACGCUCCGGUCUUUUUGUCCACGUUUUCCGAGCAAACCCUACAACCCGGUCAGGGAUUGUCGCUAAAGAACGCUUUCGGAAUCGUUUGCAAUGAGAUUAUAGACAGACAUCUGAAUCUCAGCGCAGGAAUUGUUUUGUCGAGCGAUUCAAUGGCUUGUGUGGCGUCUGGAAAUCCCAUACCCCAGGUUACGUGGCAUUUAUACGAUGCCAUACCAGUGCCCGAUAGUUCCCGGUAUAGAACCGGCGAUUAUGUGACUCGUGAGGGCCUUCUCGUGAGUUAUGUGAAUAUAUCGAGCAUUUCAUCGGAGGAUGGAGGACUGUAUACGUGUUCGGCAGCCAAUGAUGUGACGGCUGUGGGACAUACGGCGCGCAUCAAUAUAUAUGGAAAGCCCAGCAUUAGGCCAAUGCCUAACAUGACGGCAGUGGCCGGGGAGAGGAUGUCGUUGACCUGUCCUACCGGUGGAUAUCCUAUCGAUGUCAUUAUAUGGGAAAGAGAAGGAGUACGUCUUCCUUAUAAUCACCGGCAAAAGGUGUUCCCAAACGGCACCCUAACUGUCGUCGACCUGGAGAGGGCUACGGAUGAGGGACGGUAUACCUGUAUCGCGCGACAGACCAAGGAAUCCAAGAGCGCUCAGGGAUCUCUAUACGUGCAAAUCGAGUGGUAUAAAGACGGACACAAACUGACGAAUGGAUUUUUAGCCAAAACUAAUUUAAUUCAUGUGACCGAAUACUCGCUGACACUGGCCUUUGAGUCCGUACAACCUGAUCACCGGGGCAAUUAUACGUGUGUGGCCUCAAACGCAGCUGGAAGUAGCAGUCAUAGCGCCUCAAUGGUUAUACACGUGCCCCCGCGGUGGCGAAUAGAGCCGAUCGACACGUCUGUUGUGAAGGGCAGGAAUGCUAUUAUCGAUUGCGAUACCGACGCCUAUCCGCCUCCGACUAUUAGUUGGUCCAGAGCUGAAGGAUUACUGCGAGAGCCUCCCAACGAGUUUAAGUCGAUUACAUCCAAUUCCCAUUUGCGUCCGUAUGAGAACGGGUCGCUCGCCAUACAUAACGCACAGAAAGCCGACAGCGGGUACUACAUGUGCGCCGCCACUAACGGCAUAGGAGCCGGGCUCAGCAAAGUCAUCAAACUCACUGUCAAUGUCGCCGCACAUUUUGAGUCCAAAUUCAGAGCCGAAACUGUGAGGAAAGGACUCGAAGCGAGAAUUAAAUGCGAAUCCAUUGGAGACAAACCCAUUACUAUCUCGUGGCUUAAAGACAAGUUGACAUUCAAUCCACGCGAUGAUCCACGAUAUGAGCUCUUGGAGGCCAUUGUUUCCGAUGGAAUCAAAUCAGAGAUUGUCAUCAGAAAUGCCGACCGAAGGGACAGCGCUUUAUUCAGUUGUGUCACAACCAAUGCCUACGGACACGACGACACCAACAUUCAGCUCAUUAUGCAGGACUUUUGUCUUAUCUAUUAG